AUGAGUGGCGGUGUUUACGGUGGAGAUGAAGUUGGCGCCAUUGUCUUGGACAUUGGUAAUACAACUGUUCGUGCUGGUUUCGCCGGUGAAGAUACACCAAAGGCCGACUUUCCUUCAUAUGUGGGUUGUACGACCGAUGGUAACUUCGAGGAUGACAAUGCCAUGGAUACUGCAGAUGGUCCGACAUCAGUAGCUUCCAAAAGGAAAUAUUAUAUUGGUUAUAAUUUUCUAUCAUCGCCUAAAGAAAGGAUGGAAAUGAUUAGCCCUUUAAAGGAUGGAAUGAUUGAUGAUUGGGAUCUAUUUAAAGAACUUUUUGACCAUACCUUUGCCAAUCACAUUCGCUCCGAUCCUUCGGUGCAUCCUAUUUUGAUGACGGAACCUGCUUGGAACGAACGAGGGAAGCGAGAGAAACUGUGCGAGCUUAUGUUUGAAACGUACAAUGUGCCAGCAUUUUACCUUUGCAAGAGUCCAGUAUUAGCGGGCUUUGCCAAUGGUCGCUACACUGGUAUAAUCCUUGAUUCAGGAGCGCAUCAUACUUCCGCCAUUCCAAUUUAUGAUGGUUAUGUUUUACAACAAGGCAUAGUAAAAUCUCCUUUGGGUGGAGAUUUUGUUACGGCUCAGUGCAGGUCUUAUUUAGCCGACAAGAAUGUUGAAAUUGUUCCUACUUAUUUAGUUGGUAGCAAGACCCCAGUGGGUAAAGGAGAGCCAUCUAUUUAUACAAAGAGGGCAAAUUUACCGGCAAAAAUAACUCAAUCUUACCAUAAUUAUAUGGUCAAGAAUACUCUACACGACUUUAAAGCCUCGGUUUUGGAAGUUUUGGAUUCAAAUUUUCAUGAAAUCAAUGCAGGAAGUAUUCCAUCGAUGCAUUAUGAAUUUCCUGAUGGGUACAAUAAUUCUUACGGGGUAGAUAGAUUUAAAUUAGCAGAGGGUUUAUUCGAUCCAUCAACUGUCAAGGGAAUGGAUUGCACGAACUUACUGGGAAUUUCUCAACUUAUACUAACGAGUGUAGGAAUUUGCGAUAUCGAUAUCAGACCGAAUUUAUACAGCUCCGUCGUUGUUACUGGAGGUAAUUCCUUACUGCGAGGAUUUUGCGAUAGGUUAUCUAGAGAGUUGCAAAACAAAGUUCCUCCGGGUUUACGAACAAAAGUCGUUAGUGCUAACGGUUCAUUAGAACGACGCUGUGGUGCCUGGAUUGGUGGAUCGAUAUUAGCAUCUUUGGGUUCCUUUCAGCAAAUGUGGAUAUCGAAACAAGAAUAUGACGAUGGUGGAAAAAACUGCGUUGAGAGAAAAUGUCCGUAA